AACGGUCGCUACUCGGGACGCGCGAAGUCGUCGUGCUCCACAAAAAGCAACCCAGCCCACAUCCACGCACACGACGUGCAUGCCCCUGAUCAAAUUCACCACCACGUCCAUCAGUCCGCCAUCCAUCAACCUCCUCUUCUCUCUGGCAUCUCUCAUGGGCGCUGCGAGACACUGAAGUCACAUCCUACCCGCUCCUCCAGCUUAUGCUCGACAAAGCUGGAUUUUGAUCCAUGAAACAGCAUGGCCCGUCGAAGGCCCCCAGCAACAGCCCUGACUUUCGGCAAUGCCCUCUUUUGCAUCUUCGUAUGGCUACCACUCAUAGCCACUGCUCAGCAGCAGCAGUCCGUAGGCAACAAUGCCAACAUUCGUAGACGCCCUUCUCUCAGCAACGCGCGUUCCCCGCCAGAACUGAGAUCCACCCACAAACACCUUAAAGACACCGCAAUCGACCCUUCAAUCGAGCGCGCCCUUGCGACUUUUGCUCCAGCCGAGUCUAUCCCGGCCGUUCGAGCACCUCCUGCAAGAUCAUCGGCCACGUCCGGUGGUCUCUCUUCGCGACACCCGGCGCGGUCUUUGCAGGAUUGGCAAGUCGAGGAUAUUAUUCUCCUGGCGACCGUUGAUGGCAAACUACACGCAAGAGACCGUAGAACCGGCGCUCCACGAUGGGAGAUAGAGGCCGAUAGACCCAUGAUCGAGACCGUCUAUCACCACAACGACUCGGAUCCUGAGUCUCAGCCCGAAACCAGCCUCAUCUGGAUUGUCGAACCCUCCCAAGAUGGAAGCCUCUAUGUCUACUCUUCCGAGCCCCAAACCGGCAUGCAGAAACUCGGCUUGUCGGUCAAGCAACUUGUAGAAGAGCUGUCGCCCUACGCCGGAGAAGACCCACCUGUGGUAUACACCGCCGACAAGAAGAACACCCUUUACACUGUCGAUGCGUCCAACGGAAGAAUCCUCAAGACAUUCAGCUCGAGCGCGUCAACCUUCAGCAACGACCAGAACUGUCGCCGAGUCAAUGGCCUUGGUUCGCUUGAAGACAACGAAUGCGAGACGAUCGGAACCCUUACCUUGGGUAGAACCGAAUACACCGUCUCCAUAGCAGACAAGCUGAGCGGUGACCCCAUCUGCACCAUCCGCUACUUCGAAUGGGGACCCAACAACCGCGACAAAGACCUGCACAACCAAUACGCGUCAACCAUGGACAGCAAGUAUAUCUACACCCAACACGACGGUAGCGUUGUCGCUGUGGACUACAGAGAAACAAGCCGCUUCGGAAACUCGAUCUUGUACAAGCAAAAGUUCUCGUCGCCAGUUGCUCGCGUUUACGAUGUUGUCAGGCCGCUCGAUGAAGACAUUCUGGACGCUUCUUUGGUCAUCCUUCCUCAACCUAUUGGUCCUGCUGGCGAUGACACAAUCGAGCAAGACAAGAUCUUCGUCAACUGUACAGAAUCUGGUAGUUGGUAUGCCAUGUCGGAGCUCAGAUACCCUACCGUCACCGACGGUGCUUCCAAAGCUGUGUGCUAUACCCAAGGAUACGCCCUUCCAGUCGGCACUUUCAACCCUGCUAAGCAGAGAGCGAACCUUGUUGGCAUACACCCUCUCCACCCUAUGAGCAUGGACCAAAGCGAGAUCCUCACUAUCGGUGGGCCUGAUCAAUCAGUUAUUGGAUCCCCGAAUGCAUAUAACACCGACCACGCUCAGGUCAUGUUGCCUGGUUCCUCUAACCCUUGGGCCGGUAUCACAUCAUCAGGCUUGAUUGGCCUGCUCGCUCUGAUUGGACUAUUUGCCAUCGUGUCUCGAUGGGUAGACGUGCAGAAGGUCAUACAACGCCAAACUCCGGAGCCUGUUAAGCUGAAGGAGGCGCCAAUCCCUGUGACAUCUAAUCUUAGCCAGGCCAUUCCUUCCAAGGACGACAGUGCUCCUCAAGUCGAAGCCAUCGACCGUAAAGUCCGUUUCCCUGAGCCCGCAGAAGAGACCAUCUUCCCACAAGGAGAUGAAGAGGAAGUGCCGGAAAAGCAAUCGUCUACUGAAGAACCAAUCGAGGCCAAGGUCGACUCACCCACUCGUGCCUCGACUCCAAGUCCAGCAGAAGCCGAAAAGCCCGCCGAAGAGCAAACACCUGUCAAGCCCAAGAAGAAGGCCACUCGUGGUGUCAGAGGUGGUAGAAAGGCAAAGGAGAAGAGACAAGAGCAACUUGAAGCACAACAACGCCGCCGCGAGAACAGCCAAAGCAACAGCGACAAAGAGAGUAACGGCGCUCUUGCCACGUCGCUUGCAAAACCUUUAUCGAAGAUUGAUGGCAUGGACGUCAUCAGUGUAGAUGCAUCUGAGAGUCCCAACGUGUCCGGCAAGAUUCAAAUCAACAACCUCACCAUUGAUACGGACAAGAUAAUCGGCCAUGGAAGUGCUGGAACUUGUGUGUUCGAAGGCAAAUUUGAAGGCCGUGAUGUGGCAGUCAAACGCAUGCUCUCUCAGUACUACGAGCUUGCUUCUCAGGAAGUAGGAUUCCUCCAACAAAGCGACCAUGACAAGAACGUCAUCCGUUACUUUUGUCAACAGAAAGAUCAGCACUUCCUCUACAUUGCCGUUGAGCUUUGUCAGGCGAGUUUGUGGGAUCUGUUCAAUCUUCCCGACACUCGUGACGAAGCCCGUUAUCAACAGCUCCAAUCACUGGCUCAAGCUGUUCAGCGUGAUGCUAGAGGCACACUCUAUCAGCUCGCCAAAGGUCUCUACCACCUUCACGAUCUUCGUAUCAUUCAUCGAGACAUUAAGCCUCAGAACAUCCUCAUCGCCUUCCCUAAGCCAAACAAGCCCAACGAGCUUCGUCUCGUCAUCUCAGACUUUGGCUUGUGUAAGACCCUUCCGGAGAAUGUGAGCACCUUGAUCGAUCCUACGAGCAACGCUGGAACGUGUGGAUGGAAGGCGCCGGAGCUCAUCUCUCAGCCCAAGGACACGGCCUCGAACAACGGCCACAGCAACAUUUCGCAUCCUGGCACUAGCGAAAGCUCUUCUGGUGGAGCCAUCGGUGGUGUCAAACGAGCAGCUGAUAUCUUCUCCCUCGGUUGUCUGUUCUUCUGGGUCUUGACUGGAGGUGAUCACCCCUACGACGACAAGGAAGGUUGGAUGCAAAUGCGUGAACUCAACAUCAAGAAGAACAACCUGCAGAACAUGCACAAGCUUGACCUGGGCUCUGACAGCGAAGAACCCCGCCAAUUGAUCACAGCAAUGCUGGCACACAACCCUGAAGAUCGUCCAUCCGCCCAGCAGGUUCUCUGCCAUCCGUUCUUCUGGUCACCCAAGAAACGCCUCGACUUCCUCUGCGAUGUUUCCGACCACUUCGAACACGAACAGCGCGACCCACCAUCGCCUCAUCUCAACUAUCUCGAGUCCUACGCCGAUAUGGUCAUCGGCGGCAAAGAUAAAGAUUGGCAACGCAAGCUCGACAGAAUGUUCCUCGACACACUCGGCAAGCAACGCAAGUACAACGGCGCCAAAAUGUUGGAUCUUCUCCGUGCCUUACGCAACAAGAAAAACCAUUACGAGGACAUGUCGAUGGACGUCAAGAAGAGGGUUGGGCCUUUGCCGCAUGGGUAUCUGCAGUACUUCACUAUCAAGUUCCCCACGUUGUUGAUGGCUUGUUUCUGGGCGAUCAAGGAUUGUAGGGUGGAGACUAAUGCGAGGUUCAGAAGCUACUACAGCAUCGAGAAUCAGGAAUAGAAUCGCCUGAGAAAGAUGAGACUGUUGAUGUACCUGAAAGAGUAAAGGAAUGAAAAUUGUUUCCGUCUUCCAUGUUCCGUAUAUUUCGUGCAUCAA